GCUUUGGUGUCUCAUUGUACUGUAGUACAGAGAUGGUUCAAAAUAUGCAAGGAAGGUUAGCAUAUUCUGAUAGCAAUUCAAAACCUUGCAUAAACUAAAUGGUGUAGAGUCGAGAGUUACGAGACGGAAGAGAAGCUACUGCUGUGGAUACAUUCUCUUCAUUUUAAAAUCUAAAUAGCUCUGUAGAUGUGAUGGAAACACGGCAUAUCCUGGUCUGGCGUAUUUGUCUGAUCCUGGCCCUCUUGCUCCACCCACACCAGUGCCUGUCAGUGUAUUUCCAGAACCAGGGUCUCCUUUACGUGGCUCUGGGGAGAGAUCUGGUCCUGCUGACCCAGUUCCAGAUUACACCAACAGAGAAGAUCAUCAUGGUGACUUGGGACCGCGAGACUGAGAAGGGUCAGGGACAGGUCAGGCUGGCCAAUCACCAAGAUGCACCUGGCAAUCCUCUAGACCAGAAGGGGGCCUUAUUUAGGGUGGCGAAUAUAAGUUCAUCUAACUAUGGAGUCUACACCAUCACUGUGACUGACCAGAUGGGGAACGAGGAAUCCUCAAAGUUACUUGUUAGAGAGAGUGUUGCUGCUCCUGUGGCGUCUUUGUCGCUCCAGUGUGAGGUGGCCAAUGACAGGGCACAGUGGGACAGCCCAGUGUUUUCCUGGUUGGUGGAUGGGGUUGAGGCGUCCAAUCAGACAACCAAUCUCUCUACAGAUGGCAGGAGACUCUAUGUGUCUGGAAUGAAGGGCCACAACUACACCUGUGUUGUCAACAGCAGUCUGGGGACUAGUGUUACAUACUACAUCACUGAUUCUUCUACACCAUCCCAAAGUAACCAGACCUUUGAGACUCUGUGUGGUGUACUAUUGGCCAUCAUCAUAGUGCUUCUAAUCAUAUGUGGACAUCUCUGUUGGAGAUGCAAGCAGCAGAGGACGAAUGGGAUUAUAUGACCUGAGGAGGUCCAUCGCUUUCCAUUAUCAUUCUUAUUUAUGACACUUUGUUACUGUUACACACUGCGCGAUCACACAAUUCCUUGGCACAUGCAGAGACCGUAUGAUAUGAGGAGUUUAAUGUAAUAUUCUAUUGAAACAAGUCACACUACCAGACAUCAAAGAUCAUUCCUAUCAAGAGCUUUGGAACUAUGCACCAUGAAUAAAAUAUAUUGAAAUGCC